AUGGGGCGCAAGCGCAAACAGGUAGACCCAGGUGUGGCAAGCAAUCUCCCACCCUGUCGUGUCUGUGGGGCCCCAGGUUCCGGACUGCACUAUGGGGUCAACACCUGUGAGGCCUGCAAGGGCUUCUUCCACCGAAGUCUGAAGAUCUGGACACAGUACAAGUGUGACAUGACUGGACAGUGUCCGGUUGAGCCUGGACGAAGUAAACUAUGUCACCUGUGUCGUUAUAAUAGAUGUCUGGCAGUGGGGAUGGCUAAGGAAGCAAUAAAAACAGGGAGAUACACAUCGACGAAAAGAACAAAAGAUAUUCUAGAAAUCAGACAACUUCAAGAAAAACAGACUUUGUCUGCAGUGUCUUUAGAUAGACACAUUUCAGAACAUCUUAGUCCAACUGGCACAUUCUCUACCAUUGAUAAUGAACAAAGUUUUAGUUCUGUCAGCCAAACUGGCAUGUUUACACCAGUGUCUAGAAACACCAGCGGGCAGUUUUCCUUAGAAAGUAUGUUGAAGUUUAACCCAGAAUUAUCAGAGCCCUUAAUUCACCAUGAUCAGCUACGACUGAAAGAAACCCCAAGCCUCAGAGAAGGUAGAUUUGUGGAAGCAAACACAGACAAAAUACCUCACGACUGUGCCACAAAUAACCAGAUACAAAAGACACAUUUGGACAGCUCACCUGGGCAUGGAUUAGAGUCAUUACUUUCUCUAGAAGAAGACACCGAGCUGCUUCAAGGACAGCAGCUGCAACAGCAGUUGUUAUCAUCCUCUUCAUUAACACCAUUAUCAAUGACAUCACCGGAGGAGAUAACAUCCUUACCCAUCCUGGAAGAAGAAGUGUCUAUGCCUCUUAUUGCCUGCUCAUCGAUAGCUUCAGUGUCACUAUCUUCCAAUACAUCACCAAGCAGUACAGGACAACUCUCUGGAAAUAUGCUUGAAGGAACAGCAUCAAUGUCCAUCAGUUUAUGCUCACCCAGAAGCCAUGAAUCAUUAUCUGAUGCCUAUGGCAUGUACACCACAACAUUGUUACAAUCCCCUUCACGAACCUCCACCACCUCACCAAAGCUAGCCACAAUGUCACCUGUUUGCUUGGCUGUAGCACCUUCUGUUGCUCCAUCAGCAACAUCAUCACUCCUGCAAAUUGACCCUCAGGAUUCUGAGUUUGUUAUUGCAAUCGACUCCUGUUCUACUGACUGGAGUAUAGACUCUGUCUCAAAGAUCUACAAAGAUAAGGAUCUGAUCAUCAGAACACUGAUUGCUGCUGAUGAGAGCUCAUUGAUUCCCGUCUUUGGCCAGAUGACGGAUGAAGAAAUCCUGCAACAGCAGCUAGAACACUUAGAAGCUUGUCGGCUGAAGAGGGAGAUGUUUGGUCCACUGACAAAGCUGCCAGACCAUGAGUAUGAUUAUAUUUUUGUGACUACUGGACUGGACACAGAUGACCGUCAGAAACUGCUCAAUGACAUGGGUGAAUGCCUGGAGAAAAUGAUUAGGGCAAUGGUCAAGUUUUGCAAGGCCAUCCCAGACUCCAGACAAGAAUUUUACAUCUUCAUCACCUACAAAUGUGUCGAUUACGAGAAGAAGAUUCUCAGAGGAUUCGACUUGCAAUGGAAAUGUGAGAAUGAGCUUCUAAAGCUGCCAUCUGCAGCUGACGCCAGAAUCCAUGCGGAGACACUGGAUGGCUAUUUGAAGUUCUGCCAAAGUCUGCGAAGUCUAAAUUUAUCCUACAAUGAGCUGGUUGUGAUACGAGCUCUGAUCGCCAUGGCUCCAGACAGAGACAAGCCUGUGAACUCAGCCCUAGCUCGGGAGAUCCACUGGCAGUUGACCCUGUGCCUCAUUCACCUGCUGUCCCAGAGAUACCCCAACCCUUUCUCUGUGUUUGCCAGAAUCAUGGACAGGCUCACCGAGGCUCGAACACAGACCGAAGGUGUUAUCUACUUUCUGAAGAAGAUGAAAAUGGACAAGUAUUCUCACGUGAUGUACAAUCCACUGCUGAAGGAAAUGUUUGGAGGCAUCUUCUUCAACAAUGAUGAGGAUGACUGGGGUGAAAAUGUUUGA